GGAACCUUGUUCGCCAGUCUCAACUCCUGAACCUACUCGACGUUUCUUCAAAAAUUCCGUUUCAACUUCGAAUCAGGCUUCUCUUUCUCCUCGCUGCACAAUAUAUUUAUUACUAGUUUUUUCGAUUGAAUCGAAUUGGAUUGAAUCUGAUCGUCAAUAAUCAUUUAUGAGGAAGAGAGAGAGAGAGAAUCCGUGUGGGGUUUGUGGGCAUUACCACAAGUACGAGGAAGGCGAGGUCUGCGGCAUCUGCGGCCACCGCAUGCCAGCCGUAUCCGAUAAUUCCGCCGCUUCUUCGAACCACGUCAGCGCCUUCCCCUCCGAGAUCCUGCCGGAGUUCCUCUUCUUGGGCAGCUACGAUAACGCCUCCCGCGCCGAGCUUCUCAAGACCCAGGGUAUCUCACGUGUCCUCAAUACGGUUCCUGCUUGUCAAAAUCUGUACAAGAACUCUUUCACCUACCACUGCCUUCAAGAUGACCCAAAAUUGCCAUUUGAUGAUGCAAUCAAGUUUCUUGAACAAUGUGAAAAAGAUGGGGCACGGGUUCUUGUUCACUGCAUGUCAGGGAAAAGCAGGUCGCCGGCAAUAGUUAUGGCUUACUUGAUGAAAAACAAAGGUUGGAAACUUGCACAAAGUUACCAAUGGGUGAAAGAUCGGAGACCCUCAGUCGAACUGACUCAAGCUGUCUUCCAGCAAUUAAAGGACUAUGAACAAAAGAUUUUCGGUUCAACAGAGAACAGCGUUUCCAUGCCAAGCUUCUCACUUUCAAGCCUGCCAUCCUUCAGCUUCGGCUUCCCAAAGCCCAAUGAUCCACCAGUUCUUGUUCCUGUUUUCAAUAACAGCGGUUCCACUUCAAUUUUUUCCCACCAACCACGUGACAUUCCUCAGGAAUUCAGCUUCGGAGCAGUGCACGCGCAGGAAAACACUUCUGAUGACAUUACUACUUUUAACGCAAGCACAAAUAUUUCUGACGAUAAUGAUAUUCCCAUGGAUGGUUCUUGACAAAAUCAGGUUUCAUCAUCACAGACCUUUACACAGUAACCACCUGUCCAAGUGUUUAUUGACUGCCAGUUUUACAUGAAAUUGGAAGUAGAGUGGGUAAUAGGCUUUAUGGCUGUAACUGUGACAGAAGAGUUGACAGGUGGUGUUGAACACUGUAUGUUGUAUGUACUCAGGGUAAUUAUGCUCAUUUCUAAGUUCAUUGCAUUCAGAUUAAUUGAUAUGUUCUUUUUGUUGAUUGACUGGCAACUUUUUGUUUUCUUCUA